AUGGCGGGCAGCUCUCAAGGACCUGCUUGCAGAGGAAACCGAUUCUUGCACAGUUGGUGCUUGCUUUCUGCUUGCGCAUGGCUCCUCGAAGCGCGGGAUGCCAAGGAUCAUUCCGAGCACAUGUUGCUCCCAGAGCCCGAAGAUCGUGCAGAGAGGCAGCUCUCUCAGCUUGGCAGGGAUGAAGACAUGACCACAGAGACCGGGAAGCAGGGCAUCAUGCGUCGGGAAGUGAGCUCUGCCUCAUCUCUGGAGAACGUCUCACUCUGGCGGAGUUGCCGUGAACUGGAUCUCGCCGACUGCUGCCGCGUGGGUCUGCUACGGGUGAACGACGGGCAGGGCAGCUGUCGCUGCGCCAAUGCCUCGGACCCAGCGGGUGCCAAGCGGAAGGCGACCAUCUGCUCCCUUCGCUGGCAAGCUUGCAGCGAACUCCAGAAGGAGUCUUGCUGCCACAUGACUCCCGCCUCACUGCUCGUGGCUUUUGGGAAUAGCUCGGCCUCUGGGUACUCCAGCCACUGCGCCUGUGCCAAUGCCAGCUUUUUUGGGCUCUCGCAAGAAGCGGUGGGGAGACAGUGUGGGGUGGACAGGGAGGCAGAGAGCUGCGGAGGUGCCAGCCUCUUCUUCGCGCCUCUCGCCAAUGUGUCCGCUCGAAUCGGGCGGAAGCACUUCCACAGCGACGGGAGCAGCCGCCUCUGGUCCUUUGAGAACCGAAGCUGUCCCAGCAGUGCUUCGGUCCACUUCACUGCACCCGUGUCGGAGGGGCGAGACUACGUGCUCCGCAUGGAGGCACGAAGAUCCUUGCGGCCAGAGUCCGGACGUCCAGCUCCGGUUCUGCAGCUGACGAUCGGCAACAGCAGCUUCGAGAAGCCCGUGCAAGCGCAGCCCAUGCAGCGGUGGCACUGGCUCCAGCAGCAGUUUCGAGGCAUCUCGCAGGGGAUGGAGAUCAGGAUUCGCCUCGAGCCCGAUACCUGCGUGGACCUCGGGCGUGUUGAACUGGCAGCCUGUCCCGAUCGGUCCCUUCAGUCCGAAAAGAUCUCGGCUUUUGCCCUUUCCACAGAUCACACGAACAAAGGCUCAGAGGAGGAACCCACCUCUGACUCGGCCCAGGACACCGAAGAGUCAUCAGAGGACCAGGAAUUAGAGAUCAAGGACCUGAGGAAGCAAGUUCAGAAGGACCAGGAGAAGAUGGAGGAACUUGAGAGCCAAGCUCAGGUCGCUGAGGCCCAGAAGGAGGAAGCGGAGGAGGCUUCCACAGCGGCCAAGGCAGAAAGCGGAAAAGUCUCCGGAUGGGUCUUCGUACUGCUGGCCGCCAUAGUCGGAAUGGCCCUGGCAUCUAUACCGCUGAUACCGAAGAUAAAGGCCGAGCUGGAAAAGCGCAAGGUUGCGGGGAAAGGCCAGGGGUCUGCGGAAGCUGAGCCAAAAGCUGCUGCCAAGGCCAAAGGCAAGGCCAAAGCCAAAGGAGGUGGCAAAGGCCAGCAAGUCUCACCGGCGACACUGCAGGCGGUCUUGAAGAUCCAGGCCGUGAUCCGGGGCUGGAAGGCACGCCUGGACGUCCACCCAUCCGGGCCGAAGGAGAAGUCGCGAACGCUCAACGAUGGGGAACAGCUCGUCUUUUCCAUUCAGAACAUCAGCCUCAAGAACGUGCCCGACGUGAACAUGUUCGGAGGAGUGGAUCCGUUUGUGGAGGUGCAGACGGGCUUCAACAAAGAUCCGACCUCGAAAGGGAAGACCACGGCGUCUCCUGAAAAGUCGGCGAAGACAGAGAUGCUGCAGAGUCAGAACAACCCGAAGUUCGAAACAGGACUCGAGCUGACGAAGGUGUACAACCAGUCGGACCAGUUUAUCAACUUUCUUCUCUUCGAUUCUGGCACGACGGAAGACACCUUCAUCGGGAGCAAAGGUCUGGCUGUCAGCAAGCUGGUCUCUGGAGUCAAGAGCUUUACCUUCGAUGCUCCUUUCAAGCCGCUCCCACAGGAAGUGGAGCUGAAGCCCGCCGUGGCCGUGGAGAAGGGCAAGGACAUCAAGGCAAAGUUCGACCUCUUCGUGUUCGAGGCCCUGAAGUUCAGCUUCAACAUCAAGCAAGGAGACAAGCUGCCGGAGGUCGACCAGUUUGGUGGAAUCGACUCUUUCAUCGAGAUUCGAGCUACACGCGGUGAUGUGAGGAAAGCGGACUUCUCAUUGGAGCCAGACAAGAAGUGCAUCUGGAGUGGGAAGACGAACGUUCAUCCCGACACCGUGACCCCCAAGUACAACCAGGAGCUCAAGGCCGUCUUGCCCGGUGAUCCAAGCUUGCUGAUCCAAAUCAUCCUUUGGGACAGCAACGCACCCAUGGCCGACUAUCCCGUGGGCCAUCACGUCAUGGAGAUCAAGGAGGAGAUCUCCCACCAGCAGAACUUGGAUCCGCUCGAACACAUUAUCAAGUUUCAGAAGAUCCCGGGUCAACCAGCAGUUCCGGGAUACAACAAAGCAACGCUGAAGUUCACCUUGCAGACCUCCCUGGCGGAAGCGGGCACGCCGCCACCAAAGCCCAAGGCGAAAGCCAAA